CGGAGACAGCGCCGUCUGGAUACACAGGUCUUCCGCGCGUGUAAACGCUAGGCUGUACGCCGAGGCGGAAACAUGUCUGCAGCGAAAACCCGCGCCGACGUUUGCACGACAACCAGCAAGUUGUUGCAGGCUGCGGUAUUGCUUCUGUGGGUGCUAUGGAUAAUUUUCGGCUACCGCAGCAACCUGAUUCUGCGACAUGCUGAACGUAAACACGUUGAAGUUGUGCCCCCGGAAGCGUGGACAACGGCGCCAGAAUUUAAUGAAAGCGUAGAAAGCGCCACCAUGAAAGCAGAGAAAACAAGGACUACCAUGCCUGCGUCAAAGCAAAUGCUGAAGUACCCGAAAAUUCGAGGGCAGGAGAGCUCGAGUGCAGCUGGAAAAUUCACUGCUGCCUACAGGUCAUGCGUAAAUACAAGAAAUGACAGCCUGCAGCUGCAAGUAUCACUGCAAAGAAUACUUCGCGAGCUGGGUUUUCAGGAUUGGCCAAAGACAAGCAAGGAUUCCCCUGGAGAAAGCCAUGAGACCAUCGACGAUACUUUGAAGAAAAUGGGCCUACGAACUUUCUUCGACUACUACGUCCAACCGCAAUCGAAGCACCCAGCCAGCAAACCCACCAUUAUAAUCACAAAGCGGACCAAUUUCUUUUUCGUUUCUAGCGCAUCCACUGAAAAGAAUUUGUUUUCCGAAAUCCCAAAUUCCAAGAAAGCUGGUCGGGCAGUAUCAACGUCUGAAAACAUCACGGCAGAACAGUACGAACGCUACAAAGACUUCAUUGCCGAAACAAUCAGGCUAAUAAGGGCCAAUGUGACGGAGGAGGAAAGCGCGCUGAUUGCGGGCGACAUUUUGACUUUCGAACAGAAAGUUGCUAAGAUUUCCGAUGGAGCUAACUUAAAAAGAAUCGAAAUAAACGCAACAUCCGUGGGCACCGAAGCCUCUUCAGCUAAUUUUACAUUACGGACAAUGCUUCAAAAAGAACUUGGCGUCAUCAACGCCACCUUAGACGAUGGUAUUCGUAUCAUAUUGGAAUAUCCUGACUAUUAUACAGGCUUGCGGAAGUUCAUGAGCACUGUGAACAACACGAAUGUUGUCAAGAACUACGUCAUCUGGACUUACCUUCGGUCAUUGGCUGAGGCUGAAGGGACUGCCCCACACGACCUGUACUUGACGUAUAAAUUGAAUGCAACCAACACGGCACGCUCAUCUGCGAGCCAUCACGUCGCCGCUUCCUGCAUCAAACAACUACUCAAGCCGGACGCCAUGCUCAGUGCGGGGGCGAGCUUGUACAUUAAGCAUAGUUUCAACAAGUACGACAGGAAUAACGUGCAGAAAAUGAUGCACUUCGUCAAGGCAUCAUUCGGAAAGAUCAUCGCUGAAAACAAGUGGAUGACGGUUUCUAUGAAGACCAAGGCUGCGCAGAGACUGGCCAAAAUGGAAACGGUGAUUGGUUAUCCUGACUGGAUGCUAGACAACCUGGCAGUGAACGAGCUCUAUAAAUUUGUUCCAUUGCUCAGUGAAAAUUCAUCGUUUGCUGAGUACAUAUUCUGGAUUGAAGAAAACCAUCGCUACCAGGAGCUUCUAAAACUCGGGUCACAAUACAAAGAAAAAGAGUUUUCCGCCGUCGCCUUCUUUCCUCAUCCCUACUACAUAGAACGCAGCGAUACCCUCGUUCUGCCAGCGGCAGUGAUUGUGCCACACUAUAGGAGACCGCCAGUGCCGAGGGCUUUGAACUUUGGAACUAUUGGAGCACUCGCCUCAAUGCUGAUGGUUAAUGCUAUUGACAGAUUUGACACAAUCCGGACCACCGACUACAAAGGGGGAUUCGGCGGUAAAAUAGUCACGAAAGAGUUCUGGGAUGAGGAUACUAAGCGAUGGUUCUGUCAAUAUUCCGAUUGUCUGAAGAACGAGGAGUGCAAUGACAGUAAGAAAUAUGUCAAGGCUCAUGGUGAAGCCCACUUGAAUGACUACGUCGGACUGCGGAUGUCGUUUAUGGCAUUAAAAGGCAGUGUUGGAAAUUACACGAAGCCAUACUUGCUUCCUGGAGGCAACUUUGACACGGAGGACAAAAUAUUUUUUCUCUCAUUCGGCAACCUUUUCUGUCCAUUCGGCAUCACAAAGGCCUUUCCAACCGGUAGGUCUGAUGAACCGAUAAGGUCCCAACGAAGACGAAGUUACAGGGCAAGGCUGAACAGCGCCGUGGACGGAUACUACGGCUUCCAGAAGGCUUUCAGAUGCAAAGGAACGGUGGACAUGUGCAAACUAUUCCCUCAAACCGUUGACAACCUAAACAGCGAAUAGUUCUCUGUUUCCCUUUUACUUCAUGCAAUUUACGCAUUAUUCGUCAUCUCCUACCACUCCUACGUCCACAAUAUUGAACUACAUGCCGACCCGGAAUGGCAAGACCAUGUACUCGUAUUUAUUACAUAAAUAAAAUUGUAGCCGUA